AUGCAGAGGCGGGCGGUCUUGGAGCUCUCCCGCCGCCAUGGUGUCGACUGGUCGUGCGCAACCAGACGCAGAGCGACAGCUUUCACGCCAACGCCAACUUACGUUCCCCUGCGGAACUUUCGAUCGUCUCUCAUAUCGCUCGACUCCUCCGACUCGUCAUCUUCUACCGGAACAAGCGAUAAUGGGGCCGGCGCUAAGCCUACGGCCACAGGGCCGAAAUUUGGCGCCCGCUGGGGCAGCAGACUACCUCAGAGAUCGGCCGGCCUGAGUCCCGCUGAACAGGCCAUGCGCGAUGCUCUGGUAGAGAAGAGUAAAGUAGAAAUGCAAGAGCGAGAGCGAGCUCUACAACAAAAACAGCAGCGGCAACAGCAACAGGAACAGGAAGCCCAAUCUCGCCAGCAUCAGCCCGAAGGGCGUCAACACGAUACAGUUCUUCGUUUCCAGGCAUCGAGGUGGCAGAAAAACGGUCGACCAAUGCCUUUUCCCAAUCGAAAGCAAACCGAGGACCUUGAACCUGAUAGAAAUCUAGAAAUCACCACUGCCUCAUUGCCGAGACACCUUCGAGAGGCCGACUGGGUUUGUCCGGACUGCCAGCUUGUAUGCUUUGGGAAACACAUCAGGUGUCCGUCCUGCAAGGCUGUCAGACCAGAUUUGAACUCGCCUCCGCCGAAGAAAUCUCAGUUCGGCAAUGACCGAUCCACACUUCCGAUACGCAAGAUAGAAAGCACAGGGCCAAAUGAUAUCUCGUUGGCAGGCGACCAGAAAACACGUGCCCUCAGAAACUUUACAUUCAGUCAGGGUAGAUUUACCGGCCCUCGAAUGGUUUUCGACGAACUCGAACCAGAUACAGCGCGACUGGCGUCUGAAAAGAAGAAAAGAUCGGGUGGACAACAACCUCGGUCGGAACCGGAGAAUCACCAAGUUGAAGAGAAGGCGGAUCCCUGGGCAUGGAGUUUGUCGUCGCAGAGUUAUGACACACAGGCCGACGAUGUUGGGCCUGGAAAAUCAUCAAAGGGUCGAGACGGCCGCAGGCAAAGACAGCAUGCGAUGGAGGAAGAUGAGUACGACGAGGACGACCAAGCUCGUCGUCGUGCAGAGCGCAAGCAGAAGAAGAGGCAAAAAACGAGACAGAAGGAGGUCGAAGCGGCUCCAAUUCCACUAUAUCUUCCAGAGUUCAUCAGCGUCAGCAAUCUUGCCGAUGUCAUUGGCGUGCGUCCGGCCCAGUUCGUUCAGCAAAUGGAAGAAAUGGGGUUUGAGGAUGUUUCAUAUAGCCACGUGCUCGACGCUGAAACCGCAGGGCUGGUUGCCUCCGAGUUUAACUUUGAGCCUAUCUUCGACACUGGAGCCGAGGAUGACCUGACUUCCGCACCCGAGCCCGAAGACAAGUCACUUCUACCACCCAGGCCGCCCGUGGUGACCAUCAUGGGCCAUGUCGACCACGGCAAAACGACGAUCCUCGAUUGGCUUCGCAAGUCGUCCGUGGCUGCGUCGGAACACGGAGGUAUUACACAACACAUCGGCGCCUUCUCCGUGCCCAUGCCUUCUGGAAAGACAAUUACCUUCUUGGAUACACCCGGUCACGCCGCCUUCCUGGAAAUGCGCCGCCGUGGUGCUGACGUGACCGACAUCGUUGUCUUGGUUAUUGCAGCAGAUGAUAGCGUGAAACCUCAGACAAUUGAGGCCAUUAAGCAUGCGACCGAAUCCAACGUGCCCAUUAUCGUCGCCAUCAGUAAGAUCGACAAAGAGAACCUCGAUCUUGACAGGGUGAAGCAGGAUCUUUCCGUCCACGGUGUCUACGUGGAAGAUUAUGGAGGCGACGUGCAGGCGAUUGGUGUCAGUGGUAAGACCGGUCAAGGAAUGGUGGAGCUUGAGGAGGCCAUUGUCACUCUCUCGGAGGUCCUCGAUCACCGGGCGGAUGUCCAGGGUAAUGCGGAGGGCUGGGUUAUCGAGGCCACGACGAAGAGCUACGGGCGUGUAGCAACGGCCCUCAUCAGACGGGGUACACUGCGACCGGGUAAUAUCAUCGUCGCCGGAGGAACCUGGGCACGGGUGCGUACUCUUAGAAACGAAGCCGGCGUUUCGAUCUCGGAAGCCACCCCCGGAAUGCCCGUGGAGAUCGAUGGUUGGCGAGAGCAGCCGGCAGCCGGCAGCGAGAUCCUGCAAGCCGCGGACGAACAGCACGCCAAGGACGUGGUCGAAUAUCGCCAGGAGAGAGCCGAGACCGCCAAAUUGGGUGAAGAUACUGCGGCCAUCAACGAGGCUCGCCGGGAGAUAAUGGAAAAGCGCCGGCUGGAAGGAUCGGAAGACGGACAGACUGGCGCUGACCAGAACGCGUCCGGACCUAAAGGGGUGAAUUUCAUCAUCAAGGCCGACGUUGGCGGAUCGGCCGAGGCCGUGAUGAACUCGAUCACGGCGAUCGGCAACAACGAAGUGUAUGCCAACGUGCUUCGCUCCGGAGUUGGGCCCGUCGGAGAAUUCGAUAUCGAGCACGCUGCCGCAGCCAAUGGCCACCUAAUCUCUUUCAACAUGCCCAUUGAUCCGGCCAUGAACCGGAUGGCCGAGAUGCGCGGCCUGAAGAUCAUGGACUACAACAUCAUCUACAAGCUCAUCGAUGACGUCAAGGAUAUACUGAGCGAGAAGCUACCUCCGUUGGUGACUACUCGUGUCACUGGAGAGGCCGAGAUCGGGCAGAUCUUCGAGAUCACCCUCAAGAGCAGGGUGAAGAUGCCCAUCGCCGGGUGCAAGGUUCGUAACGGAGUGAUCAACCGGGCCCGGAAGGUUCGCGUGACGAGAGGCCAGGAAGUUAUCUACGACGGCAUGAUCAACUCUCUCAAGAACGUCAAAAAGGACGUGACGGAGAUGCGCAAGGACACCGAGUGCGGUAUCGGGUUCGAGAACUGGACGGAGUUUGCUGUGGGCGACCACAUCCAGUGCUACGAGGAGAUCUUCGAGAAGCGACAUCUCUGA